AUUUUUCGAAGUAUUUUUGUGCACCUCGAAAUUGCGAUACUAAUUUCUGUAGAGGAUUGGCCCAGGAUCAACAAGGCGACCAUCAUGUCAGAUGCAGACUACUUGUUCGCUCUGAACCUGCAGAACCAGCUAAAUGCGGAGUCAGACCAAAGUUACACAGCCGCGGAUGCCAGCAAUGACAGGGACUAUCAGCUGGCACGCAGGAUUCAGAACCUAAUAAACGAGGGCGAUGAGGACGGUGCUAGCGAGCUGGACAGCAGCAUUCAGUUCGUCUACCCCAAAUCGAAUCAGCCAAAAUCAACAAAAAUGGAGAACUCUGAAAUCAAAAACAAAAAACGAGAAGCGGCUAAAAAGAAGCCAGUGCGCGCUAUUCAGGCCAGCCAUGAUGACUAUCUGAAUAAGACGAUGAAUCUGGUGGAUCCGGAGUGGGAGCUGGUCGAUCCCACCCCGGACAUCUACGCCAUGUUCAUACGCUUCGACGAGAAGUUCUUCCAGGAGCGCCUGGGCGCCGUCUCCCUGGAAUGGAGCAAGAAGAUGUACUCGUGCGCUGGAAUCUGCUACCAGCGUGGCAAUCGCUUCGUCAAACAGGUGACCAUUCGGCUCAGUGAGCCGCUGCUAAAGUUGCGUCCGCGCAAGGAUCUCGUGGAAACGCUCUUGCACGAAAUGAUCCAUGCCUACUGCUUUGUGCUCAAUAUACGCGAGGGUAACGGUGGCCAUGGACCCAAUUUCAAGCGCAUCAUGGAGACGAUCAAUAAGGUGGCGGGCACCAACAUCACCGUUUACCACACUUUUCACGAUGAGGUGGCCUCCUAUCGCACCCACAUCUGGCGCUGCACGGGCAUUUGCCGAGAGCGCUCACCCUUUUGGGGCUAUGUGAAGCGGACCAGCAACCGAGCGCCCGGUCCGAACGAUCAGUGGUGGAAGAUGCAUCAACGUGAGUGCAGCGGCACCUUUUUGAAGUUGAGUGAACCCCCGAAGGCCCCCAAGCCGGAGACCAAGUCAAGGGCUAAGAAGUCCACACCGGCGGUGGCCGCGCCCAAGGAAGACAUACGCAACUGGUUCGGCCAGCCGUCAGCCAAGAAAGCGGCCACCGGCACAGUCUUACUAGGCGAUCUGGCGAAGGCGGUGCCGCCGACUUCUUAUCCCGGACUCUCUUCCGAACCCUUUGCAUUGCCCAAGACACCAGCUGCUGGCACAAAAGGCAACAAAAGCGGCGGAUUCAAUGAACUGGACAAAUCAGGUUCGAAAGCCACCACUGAAAUGAGCGGACAGGGCUACAGUCUUGGUGGCUCUAGCGCUAUAGAACACAUAGAUCUUAGUGACACUGAUGUUCCCGAUUCCGCUAAACUUCGUCAAAUUCGACUUCAGCGUUUUAGCGAAGAUGCUUCCAACAAGCGACAGAAUAAGAAAAAGAGGCGUCGUGUUUCCAGCGACAGCGAGAUAAUCAACUGGGAGUCCUACGAUGAUGACGUAAUGGUCAGGGAUGUUCAUACGCCCAUCGUCAACUUGGUCGAAAGCUCUAGUGAUGAAGAGGAGAUGAAGAUGCCAGCUGGCAGAAAAACCAUGACCAGUCAGGAGCGCACGCAGAUCAUCAAGCGCCAGGUAAUGGAGGAUGAGUUGACCUUGUGUGAGGACGAUAUCCUCUUAAUUGAUGAUGAAUACGACGAUGAGGUGGCCGCAAAUGAAUCUUUAACAGCCGCCACGGAGCUAGCUGACCAAUCCAUUAUAGAUGAUAUUUUUGGAGAGGACACCCUGCUGAAGGAGUUCCAGCGUGAGAACGACGUGCAGCCCAGUUGCUCAAGCUACGCCAAAAGAAUUGAGAACGACAUCGUAUCUUGUCCCAUUUGCUUUGAGAAAAUGAGGCGCACUGAGUUGUCCAAUCACUUCGAUGGCUGCGCCAUUAUGGUGCGCUUGGAACCGCCAUCGUUUAAGCCUAAAAACCGCCGAACAACUGCUUCCUUAACCUCAAAGGACUCGUCGGGAGCUUCCACAUCACGCCGCGCUAAAUCGAAAGCAAAGUCAUCAAAAGGAAUUCUUCGCAGCUCCGGUUACACAGAAGGGGAGAUCGACAAGCUCAACCUGAGCUCCUCUACCGACUCGUCUACUCUGCCGUCUAGCGAGGACGAACUUACUCCGCGUCAGCGCCGCCAGCGCAACCUCUUCAAAGAGACCGUAGGCUGCCCCAGAUGUGGCCUGGAGAUCAUGCCUCUACACCUGAAGGUCCAUGGAUCCGUCUGCGCUGGUCGCAAGAAGCGCUAGGACAAAAAACAUCUCAUACAAAACAUAAUUCGUUAAAUAGAAACUAAUGUUAACUUUAAUGUUAUUAAAAACAUGUUACAGGAUUCGCCC